AGAAUCACCACCACCCUCAUCAGUAUCACCCACCCUACCCACAUCACAACAUAACGAACGUCACAGUAUUACUACUAAUACUUUGUCCUCUUUCUCUUCAAACACACAUCACCCAAUCCUACGAACUUUAUCCUCUCGCUAUUUCUUGAUUUAUUAUGACGACUGAAUUGGAGAGAAAGAAUAUGUUCGACAAUGAAGCGGGAUCCAUGCUGGUGAAUGAACUGAGAGAAACAUUUGGUUCUGGAAAAACAAGAAAUUAUGACUGGAAAGUGUCGCAGUUGAAACAGCUUUUUAAGCUUUUAAACUUUCAUGAAGAAGAAAUCAUUGAUGCUCUUCGUAAUGAUAUUGAUAAACCCCCUCUUGAAACUGUUGCCUAUGAGGUUGGUAUGUUGAAAAACUCAUGUAAAACUGCACUCAAAGAAUUGAAGCAUUGGAUGGCUCCGGAAAAGGUCAAAACAUCAAUCACAACUUUUCCUUCUUCAGCUGAAAUAGUAUCUGAACCAUUUGGAGUUGUGUUGGUCAUCUCCGCAUGGAACUAUCCAUUUUUGUUAUCACUUGAUCCAGUCAUUGGAGCUAUUGCAGCUGGUAAUGCUGUGGUCUUAAAACCAUCAGAAAUUGCUCCAGCCACAUCAUCAUUGCUGGCAAAACUGUUAGGGGAAUACAUGGAUAACUCAUCUAUAAGAGUUGUUGAGGGGGCAGUUGAUGAAACAUCUGCAUUACUGCAACAAAAGUGGGACAAAAUUUUCUACACAGGUAAUGGAAGAGUGGCACGCAUUGUGAUGGCUGCUGCUGCUAAGCACCUUACACCAGUUGUGCUGGAACUUGGAGGAAAAUCACCAGUUGUUGUUGAUUCAAAUAUCAACUUACAGGUGGCAGCUAGAAGGAUAAUUGCUGGAAAGUGGGGUUGCAACAAUGGCCAAGCUUGCAUUUCUCCAGAUUAUAUCAUAACAACAAAAGAUUAUGCUCCUAAGUUGGUGGAUGCUCUAAAGACCGAAUUAGAGCAGUUUUAUGGAAAGAAUCCAUUGGAAUCAAAAGAUUUGUCGCGUAUUGUAAACUCAAACCACUUCGAUCGCUUGAUAAGGCUUUUGGAUGAUGAUAAAGUUUCUGGUAAGAUUGUUCAUGGAGGUGAAAAGGAUAAAAGCAAAUUGAGGAUUAGCCCUACUGUUCUAUUGGAUGUCCCGCGUGAUUCUCUGAUAAUGAGCGAAGAGAUAUUUGGUCCUUUACUUCCCAUCAUUACGGUCGAUAAACUAGAUGAAAGCUUUGAUGUGAUAAAUUCAGCACCGAAGCCUCUUGCUGCAUAUAUAUUUACAAACAACAACAAGCUCAAGGAGCAGUUUGUUAAGACUGUUUCUGCUGGUGGUUUGGUCAUCAAUGACACUACUAUACACCUUGCAGUUCAUACUUUGCCUUUUGGAGGAGUAGGUGAGAGUGGAGUGGGUGCAUACCAUGGAAAAUUCUCAUUUGAUGCAUUUAGUCACAAAAAAGCAGUUCUUUAUCGCAGUUUUUUUGGUGAUGCUUCUAUUAGGUAUCCACCAUACACCAGUACAAAGACGAGAUUGAUGAAGGCUCUCAUGGGUGGUGGCUUCCUUGCUAUAAUUCGUGCCUUAUUUGGAAAGUCCUAGAAUUCUUUGUUUUGGAAUCUUGCAUUUAUUUUCAUUUGGCAAGUAUUUUAUUCAAGCUUCCAUGUAUUUUAUUGUCCAUUUUUUUUGGUUUGAACUUAUCAACCAUGACUUGUGCUUCAGAAUAAAGUAGGCAAUGCUAUUUUCUUUUUUGUCCAAUUGAUUUUAGAGGUCAUGCUGUUAAGCUGAUAUAGUAUUUAUAUGUACUCUCACAGAAGGAAUUUAAUGUAAUAUAGUAAUAAA